ACCGGUCCUCUCGCCUCCUCGUCUCGUCCUGCUCUUCGAUCGAGCUAGCCCAUUGCCAUGUCCGGCUCUGACAGUGGCAAUCCACCAAAUCUUUCGUUCUUUCUUUUUACGCGGGUGGUGACUGAGUGCUGACUUUGGCAGAGAGGACACCACGCGUUAUGGCGGCCGGUUUGGCUAUAUAGGCAGCGGGCGCGUCAUCGAUCGUCUCAGGUGCACAGAUCGAGGCCACAGAGACAGUGGCCAGGAAGCUCUUUGAGUUGCUAUCGUGAGGACAGACCGAGGCCCUCAUGGCUCCCGUGCGGCGACGGGGCGCUGCUCUGUGCCGCGGCAGCAGGGUCUUCUUGGUUUUCCUUGUCGCCGUAGCUCUGGACGUCGCUUCGAGUUCGCCUCGCCGUGGUCUCGGCGCGUCGGCUGCUGCUGGUGACGCGGCGGAGCUGGAGACGGAGACGGGUAGCGGCCCGGAGUGGCACGUCGUGAGCGUCGCCGACCUGCUGCCGGCCGCGGUCUGCACGGCGUCCCAAGCGGCAUCAAACUCCUCCUCGGCGUCGGCCUUCAGCGUCAUGCACCGGCACGGCCCGUGCUCGCCGCUGCAAACUCCCGGUGACGCGCCGUCCGACGCCGAUCUCCUGGACCAAGACCAGGCCAGGGUCGACUCCAUACUCGGCAUGAUCACCAACGAGACGUCGGCGGUCGGCCCAGGCGUGUCCCUGCCGGCGGAGCGUGGCAUCUCCGUCGGCACCGGCAACUACGUGGUGUCGGUCGGCCUCGGGACCCCCGCGAGGGACCUGACGGUGGUGUUCGACACCGGCAGCGACCUGUCGUGGGUGCAGUGCGGGCCCUGCAGCUCGGGCGGCUGCUACAAGCAGCAGGACCCGCUCUUCGCCCCGUCCGACUCCUCGACGUUCUCUGCCGUGCGCUGCGGCGCGCGCGAGUGCCGGGCGCGGCAGAGCUGCGGCGGCUCGCCGGGCGACGACAGGUGCCCCUACGAGGUCGUGUACGGCGACAAGUCGAGGACCCAGGGCCACCUGGGCAACGACACGCUGACGCUUGGGACGAUGGCGCCGGCCAACGCAAGCGCCGAGAACGAUAACAAGCUCCCGGGCUUCGUCUUCGGGUGCGGCGAGAACAACACGGGGCUGUUCGGGCAGGCCGACGGGCUCUUCGGCCUGGGCCGCGGGAAGGUGUCCCUUUCCUCUCAGGCCGCGGGAAAGUUCGGCGAGGGCUUCUCCUACUGCCUCCCGUCCUCGUCCAGCAGCGCCCCCGGGUACCUGUCCCUCGGCACGCCGGUGCCGGCGCCGGCUCACGCGCAGUUCACGCCCAUGCUGAACCGCACAACCACGCCGUCCUUCUACUACGUGAAGCUCGUGGGCAUCAGGGUCGCAGGGCGGGCCAUCAGGGUCUCUUCCCCCCGGGUGGCGCUCCCGCUGAUCGUGGACUCGGGCACGGUGAUCACCCGGCUGGCCCCGCGAGCCUACCGGGCGCUCCGGGCGGCGUUCUUGAGCGCCAUGGGGAAGUACGGGUACAAGAGGGCGCCGCGGCUGUCGAUCCUGGACACGUGCUACGACUUCACCGCCCACGCGAACGCGACCGUGAGCAUCCCGGCCGUGGCGCUGGUGUUCGCCGGCGGCGCGACGAUCAGCGUGGACUUCAGCGGCGUGCUGUAUGUGGCCAAGGUGGCGCAGGCUUGCCUGGCCUUCGCGCCUAACGGCGAUGGCAGGUCCGCCGGCAUCCUCGGGAACACGCAGCAGAGGACGCUCGCCGUCGUGUACGACGUGGCUAGGCAGAAGAUCGGGUUCGCCGCCAAAGGCUGCAGCUAAAUAUACAAGCGAUUAAUUAACAAGCCACACAACUACUAGAAGCUCAAAGAUCUUGAAAAAGACAUUUUUGAUACAUGCUACAAACAGGCUACUACUACUGCAGCGAUAUUACAUUUGCGGGAUUUUA